AUGGUGGACACUAGUCAAUUGAUCAAGGAAGCAGAGAAGCUAUUUCACAAUGGAGAACAUCAUGAUGCUGUUGAUAAGUUAGCGACUGCUGCGAAAAGCGAGCCUAAUGAGGAACAACAGUCUUCAAUUGAAAAAAUGAUUGGAAAGAUUGGUGAGCAUGUUGUAGGUAACAGUGAGGAGGCUAAGGAAGGAGAAGAUAAAGCGCGUGGCAGUGGUGAUAGUGGCAGUGGUGGGCUUGUCAAUAAAUUAAUGUCUGUUCUUUCUUCUAACUCUCAGGGUUCUCCUCAGGCACAGCUGGGGAAAUUAGCGUUGUUGUCUACUAUUAUGAAGUCUAGCGGUGGUAACUCAGGUGGGUUCAAUUUGAGUUCCAUUAAGAAUAUGCUUUCCGGUGAUUCGUCUUCCGGAGGAGGUAGUGGGUUGAGUGCUUCUGGGUUAGCAUCCCUGGCUUCGAAUGUGUUUGGUGGGAAACAAGGUCAAGAAAGUUCUAGUGGUGGGGGGCUUUCUUCUCUUUCCUCGAUGGCUGGUAAUUUCUUAAAUUCAGGCAAAAAAUGA